GGGCUCCGGCGGGGUGCGCGGCCGGGCCCCGGGGCCCCGGAGCGAGCGGCCGGGAUGCGGUGCGGGAAGAUGGCGGCACCGCCGCCAGCCGGGGCGGCGGGCACCUGGGGCGGCGUGCGGCGGCGCUGCCAGCGGCUGCUCUACUGGGUGCCGGUGCUCUUCAUCUCCAGCAUCCUCUGUUGGUCCUACUACGCCUAUGUCACCCAGCUCUGCCUCCUGACAAUGACAAAUAUUGGAGAAAAAGUUGUGUGCCUGGUUGCUUACCACAUAUUUUUCAUGCUGUUCGUCUGGUCAUAUUGGAAAACAAUCUUUACUCUACCAAUGAAUCCUUCAAAAGAAUUUCAUCUAUCAUAUUCAGACAAGGAAUCCCUUGAGAGGGAGCCUAGAGGUGAAUCCCAGCAAGAAGUCUUAAGACGGGCAGCCAAGGAUCUUCCUAUCUAUACACGGACAAUGUCUGGAGCAAUCAGAUACUGUGACAGAUGCCAUCUUGUAAAACCAGAUCGUUGCCAUCACUGUUCUGUAUGCGACAAAUGCAUUUUGAAAAUGGACCAUCAUUGCCCUUGGGUGAACAACUGUGUAGGAUUCUCCAAUUACAAAUUUUUUCUCCUCUUCUUGGCUUACUCUCUACUGUAUUGCCUUUUCAUUGCUGCAACGGAUUUACAGUAUUUUAUCAGGUUUUGGACAAAUGGCCUUCCUGAUACUCAAGCCAAGUUCCACAUCAUGUUUUUAUUCUUUGCUGCAGCUAUGUUUUCUGUCAGUCUGUCUUCUCUCUUUGGGUAUCACUGUUGGCUUGUCAGCAAGAAUAAGUCUACAUUAGAGGUAUUCAGAGCUCCCAUAUUUCGUCAUAGAACAGACAAGAAUGGCUUUAGCUUGGGCUUCAGCAAAAACCUAAGGCAGGUGUUUGGUGAUGAGAAGAAAUACUGGUUGCUGCCUGUGUUCUCAAGUCUAGGGGAUGGUUGCUCCUUCCCAACUUGCCUUGUUAAUCAGGAUCCUGAGCAAGCUUCCACACCUGGUGGUCUUAAUUCAACAUCCAAAAAUGAGAACCACCUGUUCCCUGCAAAGCCGUUACGCGAUUCCCAGAGCCACCUUCUUACGGAUACACCGUCUUGGUCAGAAAGUGCAAAGGCUGAAAAGGGGAAAAUAGGUAUGAGCAAUCCUGCAUUAACCAUGGAAAAUGAAACCUAAUUUCCCUUCAGAGAAACACCUGAAUAUAUAAGGAAAGUUCAAGAAAAAAACUAUUGUUGGAAGGAAGAUGUAUUCUUCCAAAUAUCAGCCCAGUUGGCCAGCUGCUCCUGUCUGCUCCUGUGUGGAUGUGCUCAGAAAACAAACUGACAGAUGAUUAGCUGUCUCCAUGUCACUGCUUAAAACAUGAAACUAAACAUACUACUUUUGAACCAUAUAAAGAAUGUUUCAACUUAAAAUUACUGGUUUUGAAUGGUGAAUGAUGAUUCUGAAUAUUAGGAAAUGGAAAAAAAAAUCGGGGAGUCUGAGUUUACUGUUGUAAAAAUUCAAUGGCUGGUUUUACUUCUGUAUUCAGUACAAGAAAAAUGUGACCUCCUUAUGGAUAAGUCCAUAUUCUUGCCUUGGUUUUGGAAAAACUACCCUUUAAUUCAAAUUGCUGUAAGUAGUUGACUUUAAAAAAAAAAAAAUCACAUUUUUCCACUACUAGCUUUAUAAAUCGGGAGAACAGCUAGUGUUGCUUACAAAUAAUUUAGUGGCUUGGUGGGCUAUAUUUUCUUUUGAGCGCUUGGUAAGCAGUCUUUGAAGAUAAGGAGACCCAAGUGAAGUGUCUGAAGUGUUGUUGCAAAAGCUCCAGUUUCCUUCAGAUGUGCAUUACCAGUAGUUUGGAAAGAUAUGGGGAGGAAAUAAACCUACUUUGGUAAGUGGAGCGAUAAAAAGCCUGCAUUCAGAUGGGUAAUACAAAAAUGAAGCUGACCAGCUGGGGAUGGUGACGGGAGUGGCACAGGACACUGCUAUGCAGGGGGGAUUGUAUUGUCCAGUUUGGAGCUGUUAUCCCCUUCAGAAAACAACUGUUAGCACUUCACUGAUCCAAAAGGCUUUUCACCAACCUGUGUUCCUGAGGCUCACAGUCUUAAAAAAAAUCCUAGUUUCUUCUUAAUCAAUAGUUGUCUCAGAUUUCUGUUUUUACUUGUUCUUUAAGACACUGCCUUCCUUACUGCAUAACCAAAAAGCCAAGCUGCUGCACAUAGGGGACCCCCUUUGAUAUAGGAGCUAGCAGCUUGCUUAGGAUCAAAGUUUUCCAGCCAAAUAAUACAAGAUGCAUCAUCAACUUUCAAAGUCAAGGAAGUUUCAGCAACACAGAUCGAAUUGUCUUGUGCCUUUUGUAUACACUACAUAUAUGUAUCAGUGUUUACAUUUAAAUGCAAAUUGUUAUUCUGAAAACAACUUUAGCAGGAACUCAGUUAUGCUUUCUAGGUGGCUAGAUAAAAAGUCUAGUCCAAAAAAAUAAAAGUGAAAACCUCUCAGACUAAGCUCAGUUCAGCUAAAGCAGAAAAGGACACCUGUUACUGAACCUGAGUCACUUAGCAGGUUGGUUCACAGUGUAAAGGUUCCAGUUGUUUGUUUAGAAAAUUGGCAGCAGGACUAAGCAGUGGGUUUCUAAAAGCAAAAAUCUUCUAAGUUACUCUUCUACAGGAAGGUAACUUUAAAAUUAGUCUUUCCUAGGUUUACAACUUAAGUGGUAGCUGUUGGAGCACAAAUUGGGGGGGGUGGAUUUUUUGGGGUCUUUUUUCUAAUGAGGAAAUAUUUAUUUUUUUUUUCUUCAUCUCAAAAUUUUACCAGCCUGGAAAAAUAAUCUGUUUCUUGCCAGAAGUGCCAGAGUAUGGGUCCCUUGAUGUAGAACAACUUUUUUAAACUAGCAUGAAGGUAGCAUACAGUUUACAUGAUGCCUGCAGACAUCUACCAACCAAAAGUUUUUCACAGCUAUUUAUUCAGUGUUCUUCUGUCAGCUUACCUUGUAUUAGUGUUUGUUUAACAGCUAACUUGUCAAGGGGUAAGUGGGAGAGGGGAAAAAUAUAUUUUUAACACUUCAGGUUCUCUAUCUGUAUAGUAUUGUUUUUUACAAAGUUUAGUCACAGGGUGGUUUGUCAUGGAGCAUGUGUUUGAAAAUACUGAGUGAAAAGCUGGAAAUUCAGCUUCAGUGUAACUUGCUCCGUAUUUUUAUGUAAAGAAAAAAAGUACAGCUUUCUUCCCCAGCAAACUCAUAAUUGCUCUCCCUGACUGUCCAGGGCUCUGCAAACUCUCAGCAAGAUCUUGGGGAUCAAUGUAGUGAAAGGACAGGAAUAAGGGGUCAAGAAAUGCCUGGCUUCUCCAUGUCAGAAGUCACACUUAGCAAGCACAAUAGCCCUAAAUAAUCUGCAGCUUUGAUGCGGCCAGAGACUGUCCAGCAGCAAACCAGCAGAGGCACAGCAAACCUAUGGUGAUGGAGGGAGGAGAGCAGAAAGAGAACUGAGGGUAGCUCAGAGGUAAAUGAUCAGCAGAUCUAAGCCAGGGGGAUAUAGCAACACCUGCUCCCAUGGAUGGGUAUGAGCUGUGCCUCUCUGAAGAGCACUGGCAGCAGGCUCGUUAGUGUUCCUGGCAGUUCUCACUAGCAUGGACAAAAGUGAGCUAAUCAUGCUCCAAAGUAUAAAUUCUGAUACACCUGUAUUCUUGGCUUUAAGCUCCUAAUACUUUCAACAGCAAAGUGGAAAAUGGUCUUUUGACAUAUUGUCAUUGAUGACGUUGCAAUGCACAUGGGAAACUUCACGAAGAGGUAAGGGGAACAAAGACAGUGUUUUUUGUCUGCUUGCACUGAUUCUCCUGUUCUUUAUAUUCUUGCUAGGCACUUUACUACAGCCUUUUGUGUAGUUUGUCAUUUUUUUUAAAGACUGCUUUUUACCUACUGUAUAGUUACUAAUCUACUUUUUUGCUAAAAGAAUAACAGCCCUGAUACUUGUCUAGCAGUAUAAAAUGCAUCUCAAGCAUCAGUGGAAGUUGGAUAAGUUCUACUGACUCUGUAGAUGGGCCUGAGUCCCCAAAGAUAACAGAGUUCAAUUUAUUUUGUGUACACAUAUACUCUCAUACAAAUCAUAGUCCCCCACAUGUAUGUAACAAGCUUCCUUAAUUUGUAGCUUACAACAAAAGCAGUAUGUGUCUGCAGCAGAAGUGGUCCACACAUUCUCCAUCAGUUGAUCUAUUGCUGAUAGAGUGCUCAAAGUCUUCAAUGGAACACCUAGAUGUUGGUGAGCACCUCCCACUGAGCAGCUAGAUACAGCUGCUGCUAUGCACUUUAACUCUUUAACUUGGGACAAAAAACACUGUACAGUAUAAGUCACAGAUCAAAAGCUCUUUAGUAACCUACAGGUUAGCUGUGAGCAGGUCAUGAAACCAGUAUUUUUAACUGUUUGUGUACUUAAAAUUUCAGUCUUCAGGCAAGACUUCAACAUAGUUGGUUGCAGGAAGCAAAUUUGUUAUAGUGCAUGGUGUGCUGUAGAUGUUGUUAAUCCCACAUUUGGAUUGAAAGAGUUCUUGCCCCAAUUCAGUUGAGUGGUAUGGUGGAUGGAGGGUGGGAAACAACGUUUCUACAUAAACUUAGUGUUUAACUUUGCUAUUUGUUAAUGUAUUGCUCAUAUAAAUAAAUGCUUCAUGUUCAGCAA